AUGGGGAAUUGUGUAAAGUCUCUCUUCCCAUCAAUCAAGUGGUCACGCCGGCGUACUGUGGAGCUUGCCAUUCUCACCGUUCUUGCCGUGACGUCCUCCAUUCUCAUCCUCGUUCUCCCGAGCUCACGGGUGUACUGCGUUAUUGUGUUGUGUCUUGUCGUGAUCUAUGGAGCGCGACUGUGGCGGCUUCUUCCCAGCGACAGGCGCCGCGUCUCGAAGGAGGCACACGCGUUGGCGGACGCCGUACUGAGGGCGAGACAAGCAGUGGGCACCUUUCCGUCUCUGGCGCAGUCCAUGCACCCCCCUCAGCCACAAGCCCACUCGAUGUGCACCCCACAGCAGCCGCAGUCGCUAUUUGCGGGGUCUGUGCAGGCACCNCCCCCCUCAGCCACAAGCCCACUCGAUGUGCACCCCACAGCAGCCGCAGUCGCUAUUUGCGGGGUCUGUGCAGGCACCAUACUCACAUAUGGGCGCAAUGCCAGCGGAACAGCUGCUGGCGGUUUCAAUGGCCCAGUCUCAUCAAGCAAUCAUGGCAGCCUCGAUGCGUCAACAGCAACAAAAGCAUCAACAGGCGAUGCUGGCGGCUUCUAUGAGCCAACAACAGCAAUUGUUGAUAGGCUCUCCAAUGCCAGAGCAGCAAGUGCUAAUGACUUCAUUCCCAUCACAACAGCAGCCCGUGAUGAAUUCAUUCCUGCCACAGCAACCGAUGAUGCUGACUCCAGUUUUACCACCACAGCAGGUAAUGUUGGCCUCCAACAUCUCACAAUCACGGCAAAUGCACGGUUUCUCUCCUCGGUCGUCGCCGAUGGGGCCCUAUUUUAUGGGCGGAGGCAACGUGCUGCCGCAGCUCACACCGAUUGCCAAGAGUGCUGUGAGGUAUGGCUAGCUUUGUGCCGUUAUUACGUGUUGGCACGUCCCCAACCCCUUUCUUCAUUGAUGCUGGUGCUGCCAUGUAUUCUAUGA